CGCUGCCGGCGGCCCCAUGACGGCCGAGCUGCGGGCCCGGGGCGGCGGCGGCGAGGCUGCUGAUGGAGAUCUCAUGGAAGCAGUCACCUUCCUGACAGAGGACCCUGCUCCAGAGCCAGUGCAGAACCCAGCUGCUGCAGAGCCAUCCGCCUGGGAAGGGAGUGUGGUGGGCAAACAGCUCCCACAGGAUGUUGGUGCUGCACCUGCCCCUCACAACCAAGACAACCUCCUCACAGCCAACACUGUCAGACCACUGGAAUCACCAAAAGCUCCAGCUGCAGAAAGGGAUGCAGCUGAAAGACCACAGGAUGCCCAUGCUGCUGAAAACAAAAACCGCUCCAAAAGGAAACGCUGCGAAGUCUGGGGAGAGAACCCCAAGCAGAAUGACUGGAGAAGAGCGGGUGACUGGCCUGUUGGAAUGAAAAAUAUAGGAAAUACAUGUUGGUUUAGUGCUGUUAUACAGUCUCUGUUUCAGUUACCAGAUUUCCGGAGGCUGGUCCUUGGAUACUCCCUCCCACAGAAUGUGCUUGAAAGUUGUCAUAGUCACACUGGAAAAAGAAAUAUUGCAUUCAUGCAAGAGCUUCAGUGUCUGUUUGCAUUAAUGCUGGGAACAUGGCGUAAGUUUGUAGACCCUUCUGCAGCACUGGAACUCUUGAGGGACGUGUUUAGAUCAGCUGAACAACCACAGCAAGAUGUGAGUGAAUUUACACACAAACUACUGGACUGGCUGGAGGAUGCAUUCCAGCUCACUGUGAAUGUCACGAACCUUGGGGACAAAUCCGAAAACCCAAUGGUGCAGCUCUUCUACGGGACUUUCCUGACUGAGGGUGUCCAUGAGGGCAACACUUUUUCCAAGAUUGAGACCUUUGGUCAGUAUCCCCUUCAGGUGAAUGGUUACCGGAACUUGAAUGAGUGCUUGGAAGGAGCCAUGGUGGAGGGAGAGAUGGAUGAGGCAACAGCAUCUCAGUCAGUGAAGUAUGGACAGGAGCGCUGGUUUACAAAACUCCCACCAGUUCUGACCUUUGAACUCUCCCGAUUUGAGUUCAAUCAGUCACUAGGACAGCCAGAGAAAAUUCACACCAAGCUAGAGUUUCCCCAGACUAUAUAUAUGGACAGGUACCUCUACUGCAAUAAAGAUCUUAUUCAGAUGAAAAGAGAGGAAAUGAAGAGAUUGAAGGACAAAAUAGUGACUCUGCAGCAGAAACUGGAAAGGUACAUGGAAUAUGGCUCUGGCCCAGCCCGCUUUCCACUGCCUGACAUGCUGCAGUAUGUGCUCGAGUUCAUUGCUACAAAGCCAGCUGGGGCUGUUUCCUCUGCUCAGAGCUCUCAAACAACACCCCUGCACUCCCAGGCCAAGCCUAAUGUUUUGGACGUGCUUUCACAGCCAAACAGCAUACAAGAAAGGACUGAUACUAGGAGUGAAGAUGAAGCUUUCUUUGUGGCAAAUUCUUCACCACAGCAGAGCUCCAGUAUGGAUCUCCAGCCUCCUGUUUCACCUGCAGAACUGUCUGAACGUCCAGCUCCUCACGUGGUCUCUAAGGAAGAGCUGAACCUGGUUCAGACGUGUCUGCAGCGAUGGAGAAAUGAGAUUGAGCAGGAUGUGCAAGAUCUGAAGGAGUCUAUUGCCAGAAUCAACCUGUCCAUCGAACAGAUGUACUGUGACCCUCUCCUCCAGCAGGUUCCCUAUCGUUUGCAUGCGGUCCUGGUCCAUGAGGGACAAGCAAAUGCAGGGCACUACUGGGCCUUCAUAUAUGACCAGCCCCGUAAAAGAUGGCUCAAGUACAAUGACAUCUCAGUGACAGAGUCAUCGUGGGAAGAGCUGGAGCGAGAGUCAUUUGGAGGCUUGAGGAAUGCCAGUGCCUACUGCCUGAUGUACAUCAGUGACCAGGUGUCCCCUGUUGGUGCAGAUGAGGAUGAGGGCCCAGAGGCUAGACAGCUCCAGAAAGAAGUGGAAGCUUUGUCCCCAGAACUGAGACACUACAUCCAGGAGGACAACUGGCGCCUGGAGCAGGAGGCAGAGGAGUGGGACGAGGAGCAAUCUUGCAAGAUUCCUCAGAUGGAGCCUUCACCUACUUCUGAAUUGCAGGACCUCUCCUCUGAGUCAGGACCAGAGCAGUCAUCAGUGUGUGAGCCGAGCGUGCACUCCCUGUCCUCGGAGCAUGCCAGGAUUGCCAAGGAGCAGACUGCCAAGGCCAUUGCCAACACUGCCGAUGCCUACGAGAAGAACGGCGUCGAGGCAGCUCUGUGCGAGGCAUUCCAUGAGGAGUACUCCCGGCUGUACCUGCUUUCCAAAGAGACCCCAACCCCCCAGAACGAUGCCCGCUUGCAGCACGUGCUCAUCUACUUCCUGCAGAACAACGCUCCACAGCAGGUGGUGGAACGGACCCUCCUCGAGCAGUUUGCAGACAAAAACCUCAGCUACGAUGAACGGUCCAUCAGCAUCAUGAAGGUGGCACGGGCAAAGCUGAGUGAAAUCGGUCCUGACGAUGUUGACAUGGAGGAGUACAAGAGAUGGCAUGAAGACUACAGCCUUUUUCGCAAGGUGUCCAUUUACCUGCUGACAGGGUUGGAACUCUACCAGAAUAGAAAGUACCAAGAGUCACUCACCUACCUGGUCUACGCCUACCAAAGCAACACCAAGCUGCUGCUGAAGGGAACCAACCGAGGCGUGAGCGAGUCGCUGAUCGCCUUGUACCGGAGGAAGUGUCUCCUGAAGCUGAACGAGGUGGCAGCUUCUCUUUUUGUCAGCUGUGAAGAAGCUCAUGUGUCAGAGGGUGUGAGCAUCCUGAAUGAGCUGAUCAUCCCCUGCAUGCAUCUCAUGAACAACUUUGAGAUCUCCAAAGAGGACCUGGAUGCCAUCGAGGUCAUGAGGAACCGCUGGUGCUCCUAUCUGGGACGAGAAGACAUGGAUGCAAAGCUGCAGAUGAAGCUGGGUGAGCUGCUGCCCCGGCUCCUGGACGGCUCCACUGAGGUCAUUGUGCUGAAAGAGCCCCCGAAGAUCCGGCCCAACUCCCCUUACGACCUGUGCAGCCGCUUUGCGGCCGUGAUGGAGUCCAUCCACAGCGCCUCGGCCGUGGCGGUGCAGUAGCCGCGGGCCGCGCCGGGGCUGCAGCGGGGAGCAGAGGGGCCCUUUGGAUUCCAAGCUGUGUUCUUUGUAAAUACGAGUGGAUAAAAAGCAGUAUUGCACUUGUGAGGCACAACGUAAGGCAGUAACACAAAGGACCUGGACCACUGUUACAGUGCAAGGUGCAGGCCCCAGCAGCACUGCAGGGCCCAGCCGGGCUCCAGAGGCUCUUCUGUCCUGGCAGCCUUCUAGAUGCAGCCCCUGGGCCCACGAUGGCACAGGAGCCCAACUCUGCUCAGCACUGCGCACUGGGGCUGGGCUGUCGGGCACUUCCACAGCUCCCUGAAUGGCCACUGCCAGAGGCUACAUGUUCCAGUCCAGCCAGGCUCCUGCUCACAGGAGCCUGGGCUGAGUGAGGAGGAGGCAGCAAGGAGCAGUGGCUCGUGCUCUGCAGCGUGGGCAGUCAUGCACGCAGCUGUAUGUUGUGGUCAAGUGAAGCAGGCUUUUGCCUUUUGUACUCCAGCUGGCACCAGAAACCACACAGGAGCCUUCCUUGAAGAGACACAGGCAAAUCCUGGCAGUGAGGAGCCAGGACGGGGCUGUGGGUUUGUGCCUGGCAGGAGCUGACUGGCUCAGGGCAGUCGCAUCACCCCAAAGCAUAUUCUUGUGGCCGGAAAGCAAACUUCCUUCUCCCCUCGGGUGGUGGGUCAUGGCUGGAUUACUGUCAAAGGGAACUGUGAGGGCUCAGAUCAGCCCCUUGUGUUGGUGGUGGGUGUUUGUGUUGACUUCGUUAACAAAGUGCCCUGUUGACAUUUCCUUUUGCGGUCGCCCUGUGCUUGGAUUUGAGCUGCAGCAGUUGUAAGCCAAAAGUUCUGAUUCAGUGGAGGAGGAUCCUGUUUUUUGGAACUAUGCAGAGUUUUCUAACAGUGCAAUAAAAGCAUUUGUUCUAUGUUAGAAUGAAAAA